AUGAAAAAAUCCGCUUCGACAUCAUUGACCCUCCCCGCUCGUGCUCCUAAGUCCGUGAACACCAAGGCCAACUUUGAUGUCCGUCUGUUGCCCAUGCAUGAUAUCGUGGCUGCUGCCCCCACCGAGGCUCUUAUCGAGUGGUAUCAUCUUCUGACUUCUGAACUCUAUCAGCGUCAAAGCACUUCCCGACAUCUCCACGACUGGUCCUAUUCCCUCCAGUACGCUCUCGUUGGCCCCUCUGGUGUUGGUAAGACGAAUCUCAGACUUAUGUUUACUGAGAACGUCUUCCGAGUUGCCUCUACCCCUACUACUGGUGUGGAGUUCUCCAAAACUAUAGCUGAUGUUGACAACGAUCGGAUCAAGUUGCAGAUGUGGGAUACCGUGUGGGGCAAGUACACUGCUUCCUAUUGUCACGGUGCUGCCGUUAUUUUCUUCGUCUACGAUAUCAGCAGGCGAGAGUCAUACGAUGAACUGAUCAAAUUCAUACAGGACACUCUACCGGCGCUUGACAGGACCCUAACUAAGGUUUUGAUCGGCAACAAGGCUGAUGUCCUGGGCCGUGAGGUGACCGCUGAGGAAGCCGCAAGAUUCGCUCGUGAGAACGGAUUGUUGUUCAUGGAGACCUCCGCCAAGACCGGUCAACAUGUCCGAGACUGCUUCUUCAACUCUGCGAGGCAGGUCCUCCUGCAGCUCCAAAUGGGUAUGAUUGANNNNGUCAAGGAAGAGGAUAUUGCUCGUGGCACUUUGUACCCCUGUCUCACUCGUAUUCGCGAACUCUCGCACGACAUUGCGGUGGCGUGUAUCAAGGAAGCCUUUGAUCUCGGCAUUGCUUGCAUUGAGCGUCCGGCCGAUCUUGACAAGUUGGUGUGGGACCAUAUGUGGAAGCCCGAAUACGCCCAUACCGAGCUCGACCCGACGGUAUUCGCCUUCUCUGGUCAAGGCUCAGGUAGCUGUCAGAGCAGGAAUAGGCUGAAUGUUGGUACUACACAGAGCAAGGCUUUCUCCUUCACUGAUAUGGAGCGUAUUAACCCCAGUCAGUUUAUGUAG